AUUAAUUGUCUGGUAAGUUUUUAGAAUAUUUAAAGAUAAGGAUAUAUUUUUUUGUAUGAAUAUAUCGCUUAUUUCGUAUAAUUAAUAGCUUUUAAGCUUAAUUCAAUAAUAAAGGAAAAAUGCCGGCUGAAAAUUAUUACUGUUUGGACAACUUUUUCAAAAAGAUGACGGAUUUAGAUUCGCCCAAGAAAAACAAUGACUGUUACUUUUACUAUUACUCUACAUGUGCUAAGGGAGAUAGUUGCACGUUUCGCCAUGAACCAUCCGCAUUAGGUUGUGAAACAAUGUGUAGCUUUUGGAAAGAAGGAAAAUGUGUAAAUGUUCAUUGUAAUUUCCGACAUAUGGAACUGCGGAAAAACCGAAAAGCAAUACCCUGCUACUGGGAAAGCCAGCCUAUGGGUUGUUUAAAAGCUCAUUGUCCUUUCAUGCACCAAAAUCCAAGGCCUUCUGAUGUUAACAGAUCAAAUUUAUCUACAGAUCAGACAGGAGACAUGAAUUCUACCAGUGACAGGAGAGUAACUGCAGUAGAUAGUCUAGUUGUUAAUUUUGAAGAAGAGUCCGAUAAUGAGUCGACACCUAGUUUUUCUCCCAAGAAAAACGCAGAUUGGCUCGUUACAGUGAAGUCUUUAGACGAAAUACGCCUGGAAAAAAUACAAGCCGAAUCAGCUGCAUAUUAUGAUUAUAAUAGUCCAUGUAUACCUUACAAUGAAGGUGAAAACAAUGAUGCGAACAGUAUGAGGCAAAGGAUAGUCACUAGAAUGAUGAAAAAAAGUAUACCCGAAAGAAUUGUUACUGUUCCAAAGAGGAGGCUGAGUGAUGAUUACAAUAAUCCACCAUUAGAGAAAAAAAGGAAAAUCGUCUACCGGAAUGAAGAUGGUAACCUUGAAAUUAUAUUGAAGAAAAACCCAGAAAAUGAUUACUCCAACGAAAACUUCAGAAAUGUUUCAGAUAAGGAAGUUAAUGGGCAAAUAUCAGUAACAUUUCCAGUUUCUUUGGAGAACCGAAGAGUGAAUCAAUUGAAAACUUGUUCCGGUACUAGUAAAACCAACAUUACGGAUAUAAAAAUAAAAACAUUGGAUGAAAUAAGAAGAGAACGAAAAGCUAAAGAAGAUGUGUUAAAAGAAGAACAAGAAGUGACGAGUACAUCUCCAGAUAUAGACAGCAAAAGCACCGAAGAAUCUCAACCAGUACAAAGCAAGAAAAAAAUAAUUCUGAGAAGACACGUACCUUCAUUAACUGGUACUCGGCAAAAUAUAUGUGAUAACAUUAGUUCAAUUAGUGAAAUUUCUAAUGAAAACAAUAACAAUCAGGUAAUUGUUCAAAAGAAUAUUGACACUGAAAGCACUUGUAGUAAAUUGGACGAGGAUGUAUAUUUGUUAGAAGAUGACGAUUUUGAUGAUGAAACCAUGUCGUUGAAACCUGAAGAGGAAUUAUUAAAUGAAAUUGAUGCUUGCUUAGAUAAUUAGAUAUAUUUUUGUAUUGAAGAGAUAGUUUAUGUUAAAUCUAUUCAUGAAAUUAAUUGAUUUCUUGUAAUUGAUACUGAAUUGUUUCACUUGGUUUUAAUUUGAUUAACCUUUCCGCUGACUUUUUGUGUUCAAGUACAUGAUAUUCAUCUCCUAUAACAAAAAAAUUGAAGUAAAUCUCAGUCAUUCAAUAAACAGUUAACAUUGAAGUGAAAGUUGUCAACUGCUAUCCGAAGUACCUACUGAAAAUUGGUAUUCAAGUAUGGACUUGGCUCAGAAUCUUUUAGCAAAGAGAACACCUGGGAAAAAUACAUCGGCUAUCCAUCAAAAAUUUUGGCCAGUUGAGUUUCCAAAAAGAGUUUACAAGGGUUUCUUACGCAAAGAUGAAAAAUAAGUGUGUAGUUUUGAUUUAAACUAUGCAUAAUAAUGAUGAAAUCGACAAGCACCAAGAAGCUAGAAAUGAUUAUGGCUUAAAAUACAACCAAAGGAUUGACACUAUCAACAAAUUAUGCGCCUGCUACUCUGAGAAUAUAUAAUGAACGAAGUUGGGAUCAAAAACGAAUAUUGUUCAAUUCAGGUUUACCAGUGAAGCUCGAAGAAAUAUUUUUCUCAAAAUCUGGCUAAAUAUUUAAUGAAAGAACAGUUGUACGCCAGAUCAGACAUAAAAAACUUUCCCAUAUAUGUGAAGCCUUUAUUAUCAGAAGAGAGCAGUUGAAGACGUGUUCAGAAUUUGUGUGUGAAAACAUUCUAAAAUAAUAUAUCUGAAUGCCAAGGUGUUUGCAAAGGCGUUUAUUUUUUUAAAGCAAAUUAAAUUAUCAUUAAGAGUGAAUUUGGAAGGGAAAUGAAACAAAAGUUGUCGGCCAAAAUACGGCUAGCACCUGGUGGUGUUGGAAAAGCCUAAGCGCCUGGCGGAGGGUUAACACACAGCAGAAAAAUAAUUUCGAUAUGUCACAUCUUUUAAAACUAUUUAAUCAUAGAAAUACAAUAAAAAAAGGAAAAGAAUUGUAACUUGUGAGAAGGAUCCACAUAGGAAAGUCGGUGGUAUUCUAUUUAAAUUAUACAGGGGUUAACAAAAAUAGUAUAUAGGGGCAGACCAAACAUAUGCAAACCUAUAUUGAUUUAAAACUUAGUCAUUGAUUUGGAAAAACUAUUUCAAUUAGGGCAAGAUAAUCCUUUUUGGAGUAAAAUAUAAAAUAUGUACGAAUGAAAAACCCUAGGAAAUCUAAGCAUAUUAAUUACCUUACAUAGGCACACGUGGAAACUAAUUGUCUUUAUUUAAUAUUCACACAUUCGAGCAACAACCCAUGAUAAAGCAGAAAUUGGCUUUUUAGUGAUUAUUUAAACGAAUAUAUCAUAAAUAUGUGUUGUAGUUUGAUUUUAGGUCUCUUUCGAAACUGAUUUUCUAUCAAAAGAAAUCAUUAUGAAAAAUAGAAAUAUAUCGAAAAUACUUCAAAUCAUCAACGCUCGAACAAAUUGAAUUUAAGCUUAACCUACCCUUUUCUAUUUCUAUGUAUUUAAUAUUUUUACCACGAUGUGGCAUAUGCUAUACUAGUUUCAUCGCCUCAUUUGACAUUGUUCGUUAUUUAAUUAUAUUAGUUUUACACUUUGAUUUAUUUCCCAUUAUUUGUUAUGUGUAAGGAAACAAUUUGAUACCUCUCCUGUAUAUCUCGGAUGUAAAGUGUAGAUAUUUCCAAUAUUAUACUUCUAUAUAUCUAUAUAAAUAUGUACUGAACAGAAAUGAUUUUUAUUAAGAGACAAAGUUAAACUAUAGAUUACUACUAGAAUUGGUUGUAAAUUAUACAUUUAGAAAUAAUCAAAUGUUCAAUUACUAUAGUUAUACAAUUACUGAAUAUAUUUUUAAUAGA